AUGGCCGAUGUUCAAGAAACCAAAUCAAAGUAUCAUCGAGGAGCUUGUUUUAGUUGUCGGAAAUGCAUGUUUGUGGAAUUAAUUUACAACAAGAAAAAUGUAAUUGCGACUUGUCAAAUGUGCCAGAUAGAG